GCGCGGGUUUGAGUUCCGGGGUCAGUGACCAUCGUCCUGUCAACAGGAGAAAGUCAAACAGCUGCAGACUGAAGCAAAGCCUGAGGCUGAGAGGUCAAUAAGACUGUCACAGCAAGAACAUGAAUACCAACCAAAUCUACCAACAAAGGUAAAAGGUUAAUGCAUGUGGAUGUAGUGUCUGCGGAGCGCUGCGAUGCCUCUGGAGGUAAAAUGGCCGUUCCCGCAGUGCCCUGCGUUGGCGUGGAGGGUCUCCGGCUCACUGAUCAUGGGCAUGGUGGGCUCCUACUCCUACUUCUGGACCAAGUACAUGAACUACAUGACGGUCCACAACCACAAGGUUUUGUGGGACCUGAUUGACCGGAGGCCCUCGGACACACCCCUCAUCACUCUGUCCAAUCACCAGUCUUGUAUGGAUGACCCACAUAUCUGGGGUGUACUGAAGCUCAGACAUUUGUGGAGCUUCAACAAGAUGCGGUGGACUCCUGCAGCAUCUGACAUCUGUUUCACCAGAGAGCUGCACUCUCGAUUCUUCAGCCGGGGAAAGUGUGUGCCUGUCUGCAGAGGUGAUGGCGUUUACCAGAAGGGCAUGGAUUUUAUUCUAGAGAAACUGAACCGAGGAGAAUGGGUGCACAUUUUUCCGUAAGGAAAAGUCAACAUGACAGAAGAAUUUAUACGGUUGAAAUGGGGUGUGGGUCGGCUAAUAUCAGAGUGCUCCCUUAAUCCGAUUAUCCUGCCGCUCUGGCAUGUGG